AUGAACCGCAGCGCUGGCACCGUGGAUAACCUCGGCCAGAGCCCCCUACCGGUGAAGAGGCUGCACGAAGCGCUUCAGAGUGCGCAAGUGAAGCGCCAGCGGCUCUCCCCUCCGUACCCCGCUCCCCCCGCACCCCUUCACCCGAUCCACCAGCUCGCGGUGCACCAGCACAUCAAAGUGCAGCAGAGCAUAGUGCAGCAGAGUAUCGUGCAGCAGCACCAGCUGAACCUAGCCCACCAGUCGCUCCAGAACUUGCAGCAGCAGAGUUUGCAAGCGCAGCAAAGUCUUCAGGCGCAACAGAACCUGCAAGCGCAGCAGAACUUUCAGGCGGCACAGAGCCUGCAAGGCCAGGGGCUGCAGGCGACGAGUCCUGUGGCGACAGGCGGUGUGGGCGUGCAGCAGGCGGCAGGAGCGACUCAGGGCGCGCUGGUGCCGCCGCAGCAGGCUUCGCCGCGAGCCGCCUCCCCUCAACACAAGAACAUGGAGCUCGCACUCUGCCAGAGCAUGGACUCCGUCAACACGGCCACCACUGAGGAAGAGACGUGCACGUUCUUUGUCCUGAAGUUUGGGCCAAAGCGGCCGAAACAAAACGAAAAUCACUCGACCAAUCGCGCGUCUAAUCGGUCGAUCAAUCGCGCGACUAGUCAACCGUACCGGGUAACGGCACCAACGGCCGGCGGCCGCCGACGCAGACAAUACCGCUAUGGCUUCCCGAAGCCCGUGACAACUUUGUUUCGCGGGCGGGCAAUGCUGCAUGGACCUAAUGAACCGCGGAAGACCCCCAUGCAAGACGAAAUCCGCGCCGGUCGGUACUGUGAUUGCGACCAGAAAAUCGAAUGUCGCGAGACGGAAGGCUCUUUGUGCACGAUCAAUGGCGCCUCGAUUUCUGAUAACUUUCUUUCCAGUCUGCGUAGUCGCGGGCGGGCAAUGCUGCAUGGACCUAAUGAACCGCGGAAGACCCCCAUGCAAGACGAAAUCCGCGCCGGUCGGUACUGUGAUUGCGACCAGAAAAUCGAAUGUCGCGAGACGGAAGGCUCUUUGUGCACGAUCAAUGGCGCCUCGAUUUCUGAUAACUUUCUUUCCAGUCUGCGUAGUCCUUCGAAGGCAGAGGAGCAGACGGGCUACCUGAAAUGGUUACCGUCGCCCAAGGUAUGCCUUUAA